AUGGCUGCUGAGUGGCUGGGAGCUGAGGAGGCUGAGGACUCUGGAGUGAUCAUCUAUGAAGCCUCUUCUUCUCAGCUCUUAGAUAAUGGUGAAAAUAAUGAUGACGAUGAUAAGGGCAGUGAAGAAGAUGGAAAUAAUCCAGAGGGACCACCACAGGGACCACAACAGCACCCUCGCCCUCCUAAACCUGGAAACCAACAAGGCCCACCCCAGCAGGCAGGUCCACAGCAAAAUCGUAUUCCUAGACCUGGAAACCAACAAGGCCCACAACAAAAUGGCCCUCCUCAGCAAGGAAACCAACAAGGCCCACAACAUCAGAGAGGCCCACAGCAAAAAGGCCCUCCUCGACCGGGAAAUCAACAAGGACCACAACAGCAUGGAAGCCAGCAGCAAAAUCGCCCUCCUAGACCUGGAAACCAACAAGGACCACAACAGCAUGGAAGCCAGCAGCAAAAUCGCCCUCCUAGACCUGGAAACCAACAAGGACCACAACAGCAUGGAGGCCAGCAGCAAAAUCACCCUUCUCAACAAGGAAAACAUCAAGGCCCUCAACAACAGGGAGGCCAGCAGCAAAAUCACUCUCCUAGACCUGGAAACCAACAAGGGCCACCUGAGCAAGGAAGUGAGGAAGAGACAAGUAACCUGUAG